AAUCUUCUUCUUCCUUUAAAUCCCCAAAUCUUCACGUUACUUUUCUAUCUACAUUUUCACUUUCAAUGGCUUUGAUUAUCUCUUGCUCCGCUCUAACCACGAUCCGAGCAUCUUCCGGAUCCGGAUCCCUUAAGCCGGAUCAAAACCGUAAGAAAUCUUCUUCUUGGUGGGCUCCUCUCUUUGGGUUGUCCUCCGAUCCUGAUUACCUCAACAUCGAAGGCUCAGGCUCUUCAGUGGAUCCGGAAUCGAAUCCGGGUAAACCCGAUAUUUCCGGGUCGGGUCAGAAGUUCCGUCGUGGUUGUCUUACGGAGGAGAAAGCUAAGCAGUUGAGGAGGAAAACAGCAGAAGCUUCCACGUUCCACGAUGUUAUGUAUCAUUCCGCCAUUGCUUCUCGACUUGCUUCUGAUAUCUCUGGCCGGGUUGAAGAUUGAAACGGAUUCGGGUCAGAUCUGGAAACGAAUCAAUUAAAUGAAUAAUCGUUUUUUUAAAAAAGUGUUCCUGUAGGAUGCAGACCAUCUUUUAUCGGUGCUCCUUUUUCAUUAGAACCGUUGGACUGUGUUUGGUCUUUUGUGUGUUGUAAAUUCUAGUUCUCGAGAACCGUUGGAUCAUUAAUUAGUUAAUUUCUCUUAAUUUCUUCUGUAAUCAACUGUUGGAUUUCCA